GAAAAAAUGAAUUAAAAGUGGUUUUAAAGUAGUUUAAAAGUGUUAUAAAUUGAAAUUUUUAGUGAUAGACGCCGUCGUCAAUUUUGGUCGGCGUUGUUCUCUGUUAGAGCUUUUCUUGUAAUUAGUUAAUUGCGAAAAACCAUGUUUGGCGGCUGUUCGAGUUUAGGAAUAUUGACAAAUGAGGAAAAGCAGUCUUAUAUUAUAAAUAAUUCUUAUUUCACCCAAUCAUAUGAAGAACAAUGUCAACUCGAUAUCUUUAUACGCAGCAGUAAGCUUGUUAAAAUUGUAGAGACUGUAGCCGAAGACUUCAUCAAGAAUAACCAGUUAUCAGAACGGCCUGAAAACAACUUCAGUGCUAUUAUUGUUAAACUACCAUUCGCUUACUCAGAUUUUUUAAAACAUUCAUUGAAUUUAUUGCAUUUUCUAAUUGAAGAACCCGUUCAAUUCGCUAACGCUGUUAAAUAUUGUGUAUUUUCUUUAGUGCGAAAAAUUAUUAAAGAUUCGUCAGUUGCUGCUGAGAACAACAAAAUAACAAAUAUUGAUAUUGAUCAGAUUCACAUACUUAUUCGUUUUAUGGGUUUACCCCUUCAACAGGAUUUAUGCUUUGAACCUUAUAUCAAUUUGUAUCGAACUGGUCUCACUGAAGUUAUCGGGUUUCUAUCGGCGUUAUCGGAGCCAGAAAAAGUGGUGAUACAAUCUGUUUGGUAUUGCGCUACUGGUUGCACAAGGAAUAAAAUAAAAUCACUUUCAUUAGAUGUUCCAAAUUGUACAAAUUGUAGACAUCCUAUGAAUGAAUAUUCAAAAUUAAGACAGACACAAAAUUUUCGUUUACUUCGUAUUUUACCUGCUGAAAGUAUAGAAUCACCUCACCAGCUGAAUAAAAUUUUUCGUUCGCUAACUGUUCGUGUUUUGGAUCACGUUUUUGAUUGUAAAUUGGAACUAGGAAAUCGUUACUUAAUUAUUGGUCACUACAAUUACAUUUCUCAAAAGCAAGAAUUUGAAGCAUGGAAUCUAACCAUUAUUUAG